CACGUGUGCGGCUAAAUGAAUGGGAAUGUCAGUGCUGUUCCACAUGCACAUUUAUCGGCAUUCAAAGCUGGAAGGGUUUUUGUCGUUAACCGAACAAAGUUUGUUUUCGUUUGAACACUGAAGUCGAACAACUGACGAGUGCCAGUGCUCACCAUGAGUUUUGUGGAGUACUCAGACUGCAUUCAGGAAGGGGACAUCGCCAUCAUCUACCAGAGCCAUGACUCCAUGAUGCCCGUCAAGGUGCAGCAGGGCACCCAGACGCAGACACGCUACGGGGUCAUCCGCCACUCCUCAGACCUUAUUGGUCAGCGAUAUGGGUCCAAAAUCACCUGCAGCAAAGGCGGGUGGGUCCAUGUGCUUCACCCGACGGCUGAGCUGUGGACAGUCACCCUGCCUCACCGCACACAGAUCCUCUACACCACCGACAUCGCUACCAUCACCAUGAUGCUGGAGCUGAAGCCAGGGUCCAUCGUCUGCGAGUCGGGGACGGGCAGCGGCUCCCUCUCCCACGCCAUCCUGCGCACCAUUGCCCCCACGGGUCACCUGCACACCGUGGAGUUCCACCAGCAGCGGGCGGAGAAGGUGGCGGAGGAGUUCAAGGAGCACCGGGUGGAUCACCUGGUCACCGUCAGGAACCAGGACGUGUGCAAGGACGGGUUCGGAGUGACGGGGGUGGCGGACGCCGUGUUUCUGGACAUCCCGAGCCCGUGGGAGGCCGUGAAACACGCCAAGGCUGCUAUGAAGAGACACGGAGGUCGGGUGUGUUCGUUCUCCCCGUGCAUAGAGCAGGUUCAGAGGACGUGCGAGGCUCUGGUGGAUCAGGGCUUCGAGGAGAUCAGCACCCUGGAGGUCCUGCUCAGAGUCCACGACGUGCGAACCGUCUCCCUGCCUCUGCCUGAUUUCGGCCCCGACCCCUCGGCCCCAACUCAGCCCGACGGCACAGAAAAAACGACUCCAAACCAGACCUCCAUCUCCUUAAAGACCACCGUCCCGCCCAGAGAAAUCCCGGGUCACACAGGGUACCUCACCUUCGCCACCAAACCCAGAACCUAAACCUCAGUCCUGAUUCUUUCUUUUAUUUUCACCAGCGGUAAAUAGGACAUGAUUUAUAAUCCGCCUCGCUGUAUGUUAAUAAGACUCUCAUAAUCCAGCGGGGGUACCAGGUUCCUCCGGGUCCCGCUUGGCACUGCAGCACCGAGAGGAUUUACAGUCUUGCGUUACAUAAUUUGUAAAGCUCCUGUCCCUUGGCGCCCGUUUGUUUGCAUCAGGCAAGAGUGAAAAUGGAGGCAAGUGGAUUUCAUCAGAGGAGAAUAUACUUUAAGACUUUUUGAAUCGUGACUGAUUAGAUUCAUUCCCUUUUUUUUUUACAAACUCAGUUUUUAAUCAGUGCGGAGGGUUUUUU